CCGUCACCCGCGCUGAGCGGUGCCGAGGAGAAUGAUGCAAUUCGGCUUGGCUCCGCGGCCUUGAAUGCCUUUCUUCAGGCCAAUGUCACAGGUCCGGUAUUGGAAGGGACCCGGGCAUGUGAGAAGACUUUCGGCGCCGCCUUUGAAAAACUGGAAGCAAGCGGCGCUGUUCAGAAUCCUGGCAAGGGCGCAAAGAGCUCCAUCCAAAAGCUGAGGAGGGCUUGCUUGCGGAUUCUGGAUACGGAUGGUGUAAGUGUGUACGAGUACAUACCGCACAUCGAGCUGUUCUGUUUUGCGAGGUGGAUCUUCACAUCAGAUGAUGUUGACCUUCCCAGUGGUGCUGAAGCCGAAGGCAAGAGUUUGGCAUGGAUACGCUUUCGAGUUCACUUGUGGCAUUUCAAACUCGUUUCUCAGCCUUCCCUGGGUCCAGGAUCUCUCUUUACGAAAGUUGGGCGAUGGACGGACGUCACGACCCUGCAGGAAUUGGUGGAGCGUAGUUUGGAAGAGGCAGAGACGACUAUAUCACAAGCCGACCACAAUAGCAAGGUUGAGUUUCUGCUUGAAAAGGCUAACGCGCAGAUCAUGCUUGGGAACGAUGCCAAAGCCAAGGAGGCACUUCGUCAAGCUACCGAACUGAGUGGUUUCGUGUUUGCUCUCUCAGGGGCGUUAGGCAAGAGGACGAGGUUUCAGGAGACGAGUACCAGUCAGCUUGUCGUGCUUGCAAAGAGCAACGAAGAAGCUAACAACGGCGACAAAACAUCGGAGAGGGUGGUGCCGAACGCACUGCCUCUGAAUAACGACACGUUGCUAGAAAGGAUAUCGUUCAAUACAGGUGGCGAUACGGUGCAAGCAGAAUCAAACCUUCCAACCCAACUGGAAGACCUGACUCCGGAGAACCAACCCCAGCUCAAAGCGCAGGACCAAAUGAUUCUUCUUACCGAAGCAACAAUAAAAGACACAUUCUCACCGGCGGAUUCGCUCACCGCCGAGGAGGUCCUGCCUUUUGCCGUCAGGGUCAUUGACGACAAGCCUGUGAACUGGCAGAUUUACACACACGCUCUGCUGGUGCGGUCAAGGAUAGAACUGAGCCGAAGCAGGACCCUUGAGCGCGCAGUUCUGCAGAUGCAAGCUGUCGUGGAUCAAGUUGUUGUUGGCACAGAGGCAUCGAAGGAAACGGCGUCUACCAGCAACGAGGUUAAGGAUGAACCCGAUGGCGUUCCCGCGAUUGAGAUUUCAGGGGUUGAUGGCGCCGCAUCAAACCAAGCCAUUGCUAACGUCCCUAAACCAACAUCCUUCUUACCUGCACCCAAAGCAACCGAAUCAGCGUCUGCUCAAAUACGUUUACAAUACGUGAAUGCACUAUCUUCGCCACCACGAUGGCAUCUCGAAUCCGAACUGGCGUACGCUUGGGCGUCAGUUGGGUCUUUGAUAUCAGCACUCGAAAUCUUCAAGCGUCUUCGCCUCUGGGCUGAGGUGGCGCUAUGUCUAGCUAGUAGUGCCGCUUCAUCCGACGAAGAUGGUCGUGGCGGUGGAGGUGAGGAAAAGGCCAGGGCUAUUGUGCGGUGGAGGCUCUUCCAUCGAACCGGUGCGUCGGCAACGGACAGCGAUGAAGACUUGGAUUCAUUCGUUGAUGCAGAUGCAUUGAGCUAUAAAGACUUUUACGGCCCGGAACGCAGCCCUCCGCCUCCUAAUGCCCCUCGUCUCUACUGUAUCCUGGGUGAUCUGGAGAACGACCCGGCUCACUACCAACGGGCUUGGGAGGUUUCAAACCGGAGGUUUGCGAGAGCGCAACACUCGCUCGGUGAGAUGCAUCUCCAAAAGAAGAACUGGGAGAGCGCUGCAGAGGCAUACAGGCUCGCUGUCGGUGUCAACAGGCUAAACCCCGAGCUGUGGAACAGGCUUGGCGACAUCGAGCUGCGACUAGGCCAUUUUCCCGACGCUGCCGAGGCAUUCCAACGAUCCAUCGGCACGAGCAAUGGUGAGCAGGGAGGCGAAGAUGCGCGGACAUGGAGUAAUCUCGGCACCGCUCUGAUCAGUUGGUACCGCGAAGUCGUCAAGGAGAACAAGAACUCAAAAAAGAUCCAACGGAUCCUGGACGAAGACGAUAACACAGAAGGCACUGCCAAAAAUACAUUUAUUGAGGAUCUCGAAAACAAGCCCGCCACCAAACGCGCGGCCGAGCUCGGAAAGCCAUCGUACAAGCUCCUACAAGACGCUCUCACGACGUUCAAACGAGGCGCCGCCAUUGCCAACGAUAACUGGCGGAUCUGGGACAACGUUAUCACACUUGCAGCAAGCCUGAUACCCAAACCCGACCUGGAUGACGUCGUCUUCGGAACUCGCAACGUCAUCCGCAUCCGCAAGAGUGAGGACGCGCUAGAUGAAAAGAUCCUGGGUUUAUUAGUGAGAGAGGUCGCUAAAGAGCCCGCCCCUGCGGGGGAGAGUGUGCACAACCCACCCCGCGGCUCACUCCCGCAGAAAGUCUGCGCAAUGUUCGAAGACGAGGUCGUCCCGCUCAUAACCACCAGGUCCGAAGUCUGGGCCCUUGUCUCGCGCCUGCGGGCAUGGAGACGGGACUACGCGGGCGCUGUCGACGCAGCGGAGAAGGGGUGGAGAGCCGCUACUAGUGGAAGUACAGGGAGUACGCUUUCGGCUUCGGGUGCUACUGCCCAAGGUGGUGCGCAAGGAGGUGGUAGUUGGACGUCGACGAAUAGAGAGGGCUGGGAGACGGUGGUUCUCAGGACGGGGGAGUUGGUCGCUGCUUAUGAGAAUUGGGGGCUCGAGGUUGAGGAGAUUGGGGAGAGGUGGAGGGGGAAGGCCAGGAGUGCGGUUAGGAGUGUGAUGGGAAAGGGGAAGGAGAGUUGGGAGGGGAGUGAGGGGUGGGGGACUUUGGAAGGGUUGAUGGGAGAUUUAAGAUUGUGA